UAUGCUGAUAUGCAUACCUGUAGAAGAACCCACAGUUCACAAGAGGGUUCACAAGAUACUGAAAAGUCUUGACACAAUUCUCUGUUUCUCUCUUAAUCAAUUUGAAAACCAAGGGAAGCAAAAUGUUAAGAGUUUCUCAUCUGACACCAAUAGCGCCUCCAGCUCUCAGUGCUCUUAGACUAUCUCUGAGCCCCACUCUCAACCUCCUUUCUCCUUCCAACGUUCACAAAGUCUCUACUUUUGCACAUUCUCAGACUUCUCUCUCCCUAAUCUUCAGACCCAGUUCCCUACAUUCCCCUUCUUUGAGCGUGAAGUGGGUUCUGCAGCGUAUGGUUGGCAAUCCAUGUCCCAAGGGUACAGCUUCGUUUAGUGCUGAAAGUAGCUCUGGAGAUGGAAGGGAAAUAUUGGUGCAGCACUUGCUUGUUAAAGAAGACAACCUUAAGCUUCUUGUAGAUCUUCAGCAGAGAGUUUCAGGAGGUGAAGACCUCAGUGAUCUUGCUGCAGAAUACUCGAUAUGUCCAUCCAAACAAGAGGGGGGAAUGCUUGGCUGGGUGAGGAAGGGGCAAAUGGUACCUGAGUUCGAGGAGGCUGCAUUUAAUGCAUCUUUGAAUAAAGUUGUAAGGUGCAAAACAAAAUUUGGGUGGCAUUUACUGCAAGUACUGUCAGAGAGGGAAGAAUCAGUACUCCAAGACAUUCAACCUGAGGAGCUUCAUGUGAAAAUGCAAGAUCCCAGUUUCCUAGAUGAGGCCCAGUUGAUUGAUGUUCGAGAACCCGAAGAAGUGGCGCAAGCUUCUUUGCUGGGUUUCCAGGUUCUUCCCCUUCGAAAAUUUGGAAGCUGGGGACCUGAAAUAACAACGAAGUUUAAUCCUCAAAAGGAUACUUAUGUUAUGUGUCACCAUGGCGUGCGAUCAUUACAAGUUGCCAAGUGGUUGCAGACCCAGGGGUUUAAGAGAGUAUUCAAUGUUUCUGGUGGAAUUCAUGAUUAUGCUCAAAGGGUUGAUCCAACAAUUCCAACUUAUUGAGAUCUAUGAGACAAUUUUACAAAACAGAAUUAUUUUUUUCUUUAUACAGCAAGUGGUUUCAUAUAUCUUUUUUCCCCUUUGCCGUCCUAAAAGACAAUUCAGAUGCUGAUUCAAAUUGUUUGAGGAAAUGAAAUUUACUUUUUCAUAUUAUC